CACCCCUCGGUGCAGGAUCUGUGAGAUCGAUAGCAUAAAUACUGCGUUGUCGGACCAUGAGUUACCAUAUAUCUCAAUAAUUCUCAUCUGUAUACUCGUAGUAACCACUAACACGUAUUCAACAAAUUAAUUACCAUGACUGGUCGCGGAAAAGGAGGAAAAGGUCUUGGAAAAGGAGGUGCCAAACGUCAUCGUAAAGUGUUGCGUGAUAACAUCCAGGGAAUCACCAAGCCCGCCAUCCGUCGGUUAGCUCGUCGUGGAGGUGUGAAGCGUAUCUCCGGUUUGAUCUACGAAGAGACCCGUGGAGUGUUGAAAGUAUUUCUGGAAAACGUGAUCCGUGACGCAGUUACGUACACCGAACACGCCAAAAGAAAGACCGUUACUGCUAUGGACGUUGUCUACGCUCUUAAACGACAAGGCCGAACUCUGUACGGUUUUGGAGGUUAAUCACUAUAAAUAUAUUAUAUAUAACCUAAAAAGGCCCUUUUCAGGGCCACCAACUACUACCACUAAUUAUAGCCUUCCUGAUUCUUUUAUUAUCAUUUUCAUGAUUAAUUCUCUCAGCAGUACGAUAUUUAAAAUCGAGUCAUUACCUUGUGAUCGAAGAAAAAUAUUAUACGGGACUAUACCCAUCUAUAUACGAUAAUAUUCUAUUCCAAGCGUGAAAAUACAUUACAGGUAAAAAUAUAUAAUAAAUUAAAUUGCCGGUUUGGCACAACUAAUAAUAAAAACAAUAAUAUAAAAUAGCUCACAAUUUUGUCGGUGCUCGGCUGGCCAGCUGCUACCUAAACUAGCCUAUAUAAAUAAUUGCACACACACAUACACGAAAUAAUUUAAAUAAUACACGCAAAAUUGAAUAAAAUAAAUACGGCGACUGACUUACGCUCACAAUAUAAUAGUCAUAA